AUUAUAUCAAUCGUCGAUUCGCGUACCCAUUGCAGCAGGUGAAGUUGGAUUCUUAACAAUUCAAACAGUGUUUCGUGAAUAACCGAGAGUUAAAUUCAACCAACUAUGUCUCAACUUCCAGUGUACAAUCCUCCAUCGCCUUUCCUCGCUUACCUUCCUGCAGGAUUGGGACUAUACCGGAAAAUCAUCAUUCGAGGAAAAAUGACUCAGGAUCAGUUCAACAUCAACUUUCAGACCGGUCCGAAUGUGAACCCACGUGACGAUUGUCCUCUCCAUAUCAGCAUUCGGCCCAAGGAUCAGCACAUUUGCCGCAACACGUAUCAGUUCAAAGCCUGGGGCAUCGAGGAACGCCACGGUGGCUGUCCGAUACAGAAGAAAUCAUACUUCGACCUUCAGAUCACGGUCAAACCGGACGGGUACAGUAUUGCUGUCAACGGGUGUCACUACUGCGAGUUUGCCCACCGUCAACCGUAUGCCGCGGUUCGAUUCAUCCAUCUCGGUCCAGGAGCCGACGUGGAUGCCAUUCUGUCCGAGUAAACCAGCGAAGAAACGGGCGGAUUUCAGUAUGAGAUAAGAUAAUACGAACUCUAAUCCGAGUACUUCGACGAUAAGAAAUGUUUGUGUACGCCUUGUGUUGAACAAGACACCGAUUUCAGGGAGUUGUCAUCGAGAACAUAAAUAAACACCGCUGCAGAAAGAUUCGUCUAAAAAUCGCUCCAUUGGAUUAUCUCCCUAUAAAUUUUGUUCAAAGUGUUCAACUCUUAUUAUAGUUACACUGGAGAAAGUGAGAUACAAACGAAAUUUUUACGUCCUUUUAUUAUUGUUCUUUUGCUACAGUUAGAUUUUUGCGCGCGGACUCCUUUUUUUUUACUCUUCAAAAAUGAUUUUAUUAUCAAAUUUUCCAUUGCUUGAUAUGGCACUUUUCCGACUACCAGUAUCAAUUCCAGUCACAAAAUGAAAAUUCUAAACGGUACGCCAAAUUGAAACGAGAACGAGAGAAGGGAUGUGAACAUAUUUUGUCUAAACUCUCACUAUGUAUUUUUUUUAUAAUCGAAAGCAGUGCCUGCAAAAACUUUUGUAUCGUUUGUAUUCCUAUUGGUUUGAUUUGUAUUUUAGGUUCUUCCACUUUUUAAAAAAUCUUGUGCAUUGUCAUUUUGUUGGAAUUUUAAAACCUUUUAUUUCUUUGCCAGUAAGAAUGACGCGUCGCGUCUUAUUCUACUGGAUAGUAUUUCUAUUUUCUUUUUCUCGGCAAGAGCAUCCGUUUGCAGUAGCCAUAUAAGAAUAUGGUUUUGAUAAGUAGUUUGAAAAGUUUAAGAAUAAAAGAACUAGUAUUUACUUGUAUUGUCGUAUGGUAAUACUUUUAGCGUUUUAGGUAUAAUAAAAUGCCUGGAAAACCUAUUCGUAGUAUUUGUGUUUAUGUUAUGUAGCGCUUCGGUUAUUGGAAGAUGUAUCAAUGGUUUCGGAUGGGUUCUAAACGUCAACGGGUUCUCACGAUGUUUUGCGAAGAAAAAAAAACAAAUUGCAAAAACAUAAAAUCUCAAUUUCAAAUGACAGUCGGGGAUAAUUGUCAAUUUGAUCAAUAACUAACAUCUCUUAAAUUGAAUGGAACAGGAAACAUACGAAACGUAUUGAUCGAAACAAAAAUGAUUGUGGAUGGUUGACGUAAACUUUCUAGUUGGGAAAAAUCACAGAUUUUAAUGUAUUCAAAACAGCAUCUUUUAGACACUACACAGCGAUUUGCAGUCAAGAGUGAGUGUUGUAAGUCUUCUGUUGGGAUGGUAUCCUUGAAAAUGUUUGUACAAAUCUUUUAGUUGACCACGUUAUGACAUUUUUGUCAAUUGUAAUUUGUCUCUCCUAAAGAAGUUCCUGUUGGAAAAUUCAUCAUAGGUCGGCUGCAUCCGUGCGCACCUCGUACCUCAGGUCUCAACUUAGGCUAAGAAGAGAAAAACAAACUAUGUACCUUCGGGAAUGUCGUAUGAUGCAAUCCUUCUUUUGUGCUUUGUCAUUCCUUUGUUACCAAAUAAUCGAACCAGUUUAACGACAAGGAUGGCAACCUGCUUAUUGACAAGUCGACGGUUGAAGCCAGGUGGAAAGACAACUUUCAGACAUUGUUCGAUGGCGAGGUAGAAGAGGAGCGAAUCAGGAUUGUGAGCGACGAACAUGCUGUGGAACCACUAACACAGGACGAGGUUAAAAAGGCGAUCAAUGAGCUAAAAAAUUACAAGGCCUCUGAGAAGAGCGGCAGAAAUUUUAGAAGCAGGAAGCGAGCGGUUCCACGAUGCGAUUUACCGGAUGAUAUUUAAGAAUCUGGGCGGAUAAACAAAUGCCAGACGACUAGUCGGAAGGUCUCAUUUGCCCCAUCUACAAAAAGGGCCAUCGACUUGAUUGUAGCAUUGUUUGUCGGCGAAUACCAAGUUGGUUUUCAAGAGGGAGGCUCCAAGACGGAUCAAAUGAUUACCUUGUGACAGGUCCUAGAUAAAUUCCGGGAGUACAAACUGCAGACUCAUCAUCUGUUCGUGGUUGAAAUCCACGAACAGAUGCGAUCGAUGCAAUCAAGAGAAACGAACUUUGAAAAACUAAUGCUAGAACACGACUUUCCGACGAAACUAAUAAAGUUGAUCCGAAUGACGCUUGAGGGAUCUAAAUCAUGCGUACGAAUAGCGGGUGAGACCUUAGUCGCUUUCGUAACGUGAGCCGUGAAGUCAAAAGAGGAAUUGUAGCUGCUAGCAGAACUUUUUAUGGAUUACGUAGCCAGCUGAAGUCUCGUAGUCUGCAAACUCGCACGAAACUAGCGUUGUAUAGAACGCUGACUCUCCCGGUUGCUUUUUAUGGAUUGAUAUCGUGAAGGCAAUACAACGUGGCAGGUUACAGUGGGCUGGACAUGUGGCUAAUGUCGGAUGAAAGAACCGCAAAACUAUUUUCAGCAGAGAGGCAGGAAGAGGGCGUAGACUCCGAAGUAGACCCCGCACCUGAUGGUUAUGCGGUGUACAGGAAUAUUCACGGGCCGUCGGUGUUCGAGGCGACUGGAGACCGGUUGCUCAAUACUUUAUUGGACAUCAAUAUCACGCCACUGGCCAACCGAAAGUCGAACAUGGAAAGAUAUUUGUUGGUUGUCAUCAUCCUGUUAAGCCUGAACGUCCCGAGACUGAGCUGACGUUGAAGUUCGUGAAAGGGAAGCUGUUCGAUGAAUGGAGGGAGCGGUUGGAGAAAUCCGGUGGAAGCAGCAGUUGCGGUGUUGACGGAGAAAAAGUGCUGAAGGCACAAGUGAAUCAAAAGAAGCCGUAGAAGAAAUGCUGAUGGGAACAAGAUCGCUGCGGUAGGAGUUGAUUCGAACAGAUUCCGUUCACUGGACAACAACUUGGGUGUAUUAUAUCUAUGAUAUAACCGCAAAGUUGACGUGGAACUACGGUUGGUUUUAUAAUCGUUUGUUUGUAUUUGUCAAAUUAUUGAUUGAAUGAAACAAUUUUUGAAUUCAAUUGAAUUCAUCUUAUUUGCAGUAUAAGUGAAGAAUUUUAACAAACGCCAUGUAAUGUAAGGUUUUGAUGGUUGUGUUAGGUUUUUAGGUGGGAGCAAAAGUUUGCCCAGCUUGCAUGUAUUUGCAAUGCCAAUUUUCCCAGAUACCUUGGUUUUGAUGGCUGUGUUGGGGAAACCGUAGAUCGGGCCAAUCAAAACGGGACAGUUAGGACGUUCAGAUAGCGCUUGACAUUUUAUAGUUAUUCAAUUGCUUAUCUCAUGAAAAAUAACAUUUUAUUAAUUGUAAUAGAUGCGUAGAAAUGAUGUUUUCUAUCAAUUGAUGCAAAUAUCCUUCCGAUCUAUUAACCCUUUGCGGUCGUUUGUCUGCUCUCAGCCACCAGAGCAAGGAAGUAUACUAAUAUUGUACUUAAUGCAACUAUAUAUGAGUUCACACUUUUUUUAAAUGAAUUUUAAUGUCUACUGAAUCUGUUCACGAAU